GUGACACUUUAGAACAAAUAACAGGGAGACGAGGCGUGCCAUGGCUGCAGUGUUGUUAUUGGGCAGCACGUUAUCCGCAGCUUCAAACACUCGGGACACUUCACUGCUAUCCACCGGGCUUCUGUGGUCACGUUACACCGUCCUCUGCGCAUCCGACCCGAGACAUCUUCUUCUCCGGGAUACUCUGAGCUGAGGCACGCAGAGAGAGAGAGAGAGACAACCGGGCUCACGCAGAAACAAGGGGGUGUCAAGCAGGAAGUGGGUACAAGUGUGGAGCAGGCACAGAGCCGGGUAAGUUUGACCCUUCUUUGUGUGUUUGUGAGGGGAAGUGAAACAUCUCAGGGUGUGUCGUUUUUAUAUCCUGGAUGUUGCUGUUUGAAUGACACACCGCCGCACGAGCACUUCACUCCGGGUUUGAUGACAGCCUGCGCAGCCACUUCCUGACACACAGCCUCAAAACGUAAACAGUCAUUUAGCCACCCCAGGAUGCAGCCCUAACUAUGGCGCAUUUCUUUUUUAACAUUAUUGACCUCCGGGAAGACGUUAAGUUUUACUGCCGCAGUUACUCCACCCAAAUGCUACGUAAAUGUGACGGUAACGGUGAUUUAUUUUGGUAACAGGCUUGUUUGUAAGGUGUGGUACGCGGACCUAGGAGGGUCAGUCCUUCUCGUUACAGCGGCCGGUGUUGUGCCGUAGAAUGCACCCCUACCGUAGAAUGCACCCCUGAUGGGAGUGCGGUUGAAAUAUAACAAGGCGAAAUAGUCCAAGUUUUCCUUAUGUUGGAUGGAUUCAAAAGCGUGUGCCUUUUAAUGAUUUCAUUUGGGCUAUUCAGAUAAACUGAAAAUAAUAGCCCUCUGAUUCGGAUUAUUUGCUGUCCUCAAAAUGCAAUGUUCUCUACCUUGAGAGCUUACUGUACAAUUUACAUACCCAAGUUCACCUCUAUAUGUGCAUUUUGAGACACAUAAAAACAGAACAGAAGUUUGCUGCUCCAUUUUACAUGUUAUCAUGAUCCAAUACUCGUGUUUUUAAAAUAUGAGAUUAUUUUCUUCCACUUUAAGAAGCAAAUGAGUGGAUGGGAUGCAGGGGAUGCUUUCUACGGCACAACACCGGAUCCGACAUCACUAACAUCUGCCAAGAUCAUCACUGACAGCCUCGUGCAGAGCAUGAGCCCUAGCUGAACACUUUUCUUUAUGUUUUUCCUAAUAGUGGGCCUCAAAUGUCUUACUUCCCUUUACAGAAGAGUCAAGUUUUCUCAGUGUGAUGAAAGAGGAAUAAUCUGUCCUUUAUGAAGGCUAUAAUCUAACAAAUAUAAAGACUAUGCUGUGCAGUUGCAUCAAAAACAUGUUCAUUAAAAACAUUGUUAAAGGGACUUUCGGUUGGUCACUGCUUAGAAGAGUGAGCUGACUUGAUACUUUAGUAACAUCCGUUAUAAUCAUUAUUCUUAUCAAGCUUCAAAUUGCUCCUUUAACUGGAAAUAUCUGACAUAUUCAGUUCAGUUGUUGAAGACUGAAGAAAGACACAAACUUUGAGUAAAUGUUUUUGAUAUGACUGCUUGCAGUUUUAUUUUAAAGGUUAAAAGUAUCAAGAUGUGAACUGAUCGAUAAAGCUACUUUCUCACGUUCAUUGAUCUAAUGUUUUUGCUCCUCAUUCAAAAUAAUAGACACCUGUAGUAGAAGAAAAAAAAAUCUGGGUGUGAACCAUACAAUAACUCAGAGCUUAUGUCUGUCAUGUGCAAUCAUGCUUUGUUGUGCCAGUUGGGGAUCAUGUGAUUUUCAUAGCUGAUUUAAAACGGCAAUGGCAGCAGCCUCAGUGAUAAAAACCGCCUUCGUUGGAGGGAUGGCGAAAGUGAACCAAGACACCUUUGAGACAGAAACCAGUCUAAGUACCUGAACACAAAGAGUUGAGAUGUUUGAUGUUGGUUUGAGCUGGGUGUAAAAGCAGACAGGCUGCUGCGAAUCAGCUGACUGCAAAUACCAGCGUGAGGUGUGAGCAGAAGCUUUCAUUAUGAAGAAGCUCAAACCCAAACAGUCUCUCUCUCUCUUGGGAGGUGUUUCACUGAUGAUUAUUUUUGUAGUAAAGAGAUGCUGGAGAAAAAAAAGGAGACAUGUGUAAGAGAAAACAUAACAGUACCGUUGAGGUGUCUCGUAGUAGCAGCAGCAGGUGACUGUCAUACCCGGGUGCUACUGAACUUGAUAUUUUUCAAACUUCUGCUGUGCAAAAUGAAUCACAGUUGGAUCAGAAACGGACACACAUAAUUAUUGAUCGUGUUUAAUUUGUUGAAAUUGCUCCAAGAAUACAGUACAACUCUUUACAGUAGACAGCAUGUUUACCUGAGGCUGGAGGCACUCACAUUGCAGAGCAGGACAUGUGCUGCUGUGCACAUGAUGAUCUUCAAGAUUGGCUAGAAACAUGAGCACUCAUAAGGGCAAAGGGAUGUGUUUGAGCCAAUGCAUUUUGAUACAUUCAGUAAGAAAAGACAAUACAUUUGGUAAAUAAUAGCUGUUUGUUUUUUAAUAAAAUUCAGAUGAAUUAUGUCAUCAGGAAGUUUUCUUACUACGCCUAGACUAAGCACAUGUAAUAAAAACUUGGAUAGAGCCAGACUUCAGUUACUGCGCGUUUUGACCCUUACUUUGAUGGCUUUCUCACAAUGAUCAGUACAUGUCUGGUGAAAAUAAGUUUGCACCAGGGUUAAUAGGCGAUAUGUCUGUGAGGUGUAUAAGGUGUAAGUGUAUAAAGUGAUUGAUUGUCCAUAAAAAGUUCGCACAGAAAUACUGACGCUGGCAGACUUCUAUACCAAACAGUCAACUAUUGCAUCUUCGAAUUUUCACCUCUCUGAUGUAAAGAUUAAGAAUAAGAAUAACUUUAUUGAUCUCUGAUGGGAAAUUCCAUUAAAAUUAAAAUGAAAAUUAAUUAACUAAAAUCAAUUCAAAAUAUCAAUUACUCUUUUGCUAUAUUUCUGUUUGAUGUAUUUUCUGUUUCACAGGGCAAGCAAACUACUACAACCAUGUUGAACGAACGCACCCCCCUUAUCUCCUCGGGGGUUUGUGGUCUGAAUGUGGCCACAGCAGCAUGUGGUGCAAAGGCAGACACCACCCCUGAUUCUGGCUCUGACACACCCACUAAAGAUCCCCGACAACUGGACACGUUUUUUGGUGUGAUGGUGCCAACCAUCCUCUCCAUGUUCAGCAUUAUUCUGUUUCUGAGAAUGGGUGAGCCAUGCAUAAAUGAAAAGAUUAUAAAACCAAAAAGCUGAUUUGGUUCGUAGACAGUGUGUGUUUGUAUAUUGGAGUAUAAAUGAGUCAUUGUGUUGGUUUUGCUGUGACUAACAUAGACGUGAUCUCUCUCUUGCAGGGUUUGUGGUGGGUCAUGCGGGGCUGUUACAAGGACUUUUAAUGGUGUUUGUAGCCUACACUAUUAUAUCUCUCACAAUACUGUCCAUCUGUGCCAUUUCCACCAACGGGGCUGUACAGGGUGGUGGAGCCUACUGUAUCCUUCUAAUGUCCAAAAUGUUAUUGUAACUAUUUUGGUAUUAGUUGAUCCUGCUGAAAAGUAUUUAAUUUUUUUGGUUAAACUUCUGAUACCUAGACUAAAGUAUUGGCUGAAACCUCCCUGAUACCAGCAGGAGUUUCGCUAAAUGAAUGUUACAUUAGAAAACCACUUAAUUGCUGCCAUUUUGAUGGCCUGACUGAUAUUAAAUUAACAGACAAUAUAUUAUACUAUUAUAAUGUUGUACAAUCCAUCCAUCCAGCCAGCCAACUUAUCCAACCACAGCCUUCAAUUGAGAACUUAACAUUUGUAUCUGUCAUAUGCAGCUGUUUGUCUUUUACACUAGUGUAAAAAGGAGAGUGUAGGAGCUAAGUCGAUACUUUAAGCUACUGAGAUGCUUGACCUGGAGUAACCUGGUUGACGUGCCGCGCUACUGAGUUUUACCUUGAGUUGUGAUGAUCAUUGAAAGUGCGGAUGCUGUUCCUCAGAUUCAGCAAACAAAGAUUUAUUGCCAUGAACAAACCAAAUCCAUUUGCAAUAGAUAUUCAACACUGAACAAACGAGGAAAAUGCCGACAGUUAGCGCCACGAUGGUCAAAAACCUUUCACCCCUCCGGGUCACACACCUGCCCACAACAAUGACAUGGCUACCUUUAUCCCUGAGCCCCCAGAUAACAAGACACGGACACCCAAGGCACACUAAGUGAACUGCAACUCAUAACAUGUAUCACAGCAAAAUAUUUGGCUCCUACAGGGAGCAAAGAUGUCAAGUGGCAACCACCUAGUGAUGACUUGUAUCAUGUGAUACAAGUGAUCUGCACCUGCCCAGCACAUCCUCUGAGGUGGAGGCAGCAUUUGUUUUCUUUGAAAGUCCUGUCUACACCCACUGCUGUGGUUGCUGAGGUGGCAAAAAAGCUUCUCUGUGGUAGGGUGGUUGGUGUAGGUGCCUGUAAAGCCAAAGGCUCUUCUUGACAUUGCUGGGCUGUGCGGCUGAUAUACCUCUUCAAUAUGGUGUAGAGGUUUGAGACAGUACCGCCGUAAUGGGAGUCUAGAUGGUUUUCCCUUUCCCCAAUAUUGGAAUCCCAUUACAUAACAUCUGGAAAGUAGGCUGCUGCUUAUCAUUAACCCUACAGAAGGAACAAUACUGAUGAUUCUGUCCUGGUUGUGGAUGAAGUCUGUACAUCUGUUUUCUGCUGCUACAAGCCAUUGUAUGAAGGACAACGUUUGACACAUUCACUGCUGUGGGUGUUAGCCUUUGCAAAGGCCGCCCCUCCUGUCACCCACUCUGUUUGUGUGUUGCGUGGAGAAAACCUCAAGGCAAAGUAAAGAAUACAGGAAGUUUAAGCGCACCAAACUGCAUCUCUACUUUUAGCAGAUUAUUUGGUGUUGGUUUGUUGGUUUGAUUUGGCAUUGUUUGAUGGGACACAAGAUACAGUAUAACAUGACAUGAUACAACUAUACAGCUUUGCUUUGGAACACCUCUAACUUUGGUUUUAUUCACCUUACUUGAAAAGUCUACCUUAACCAGGUGAAACCAGACAUGAUAAGUCGUUCUUUGGGCCCGGAGUUUGGAGGAAGCAUUGGUUUGAUGUUCUUCUUAGCCAAAGUGUUUGCAUGUGGAGAGUAUGUUCUUGGACUUGUUGAGGCUAUACUUGACGUAUUUGGGACAAAUCCUGGUAAGUAUUUUUUUUAAUUUUCUCAUACUCAUUUUUAGACCUCAUCCCUUUAACCUCAGUUAAAUAAUAAUAUGAAAAGCAUGAAAACAUGUUCUUGUGAUUUCCACUCAUAUAGACACACACCUGGCUGAAGGGUUCCGAUUGCUCCCCCAUGGUUACUGGUACAAAGUGCUGUACUCAUCGGUUGUCCUCCUGCUGUGCCUGAUUGUGUGUCUUGUGGGCGCCCACAUCUACUCUCGCACCGCCUUCGUCAUCCUGCUGAUCGUCACCGCAUCCUUGCUGUCCAUCUUCAUCAGUUCUGUGGCAGUCAAACCUUUUGAUUUCAUUAUAACCCAUCAGGGACCUGGCAACGAGACAGUCCAGUACAACGUCAGUUAUACGGGCUUCAGCACUGCCACUCUGAAAAACAACCUGGACUGUGAGUGUUGGGGCACCUCAAGGGGGUUGUUAGUGAGGAUAUGAAACCGACUUUAAAUAAGAAAGCUAAAUGAAAAGUCUAAAUCUGGCAGCAUCUAUCAAAGGCUUUGCUUACGUUCCUCAUUUUUCUACUUGCAGCUGGUUAUUCUUUGGACUACAGCACCAACACUGUCAUGUCUUUUGCCACUGUGUUUGCCGUCUUUUUUACCAGCUGCACGGGGAUCAUGGCUGGAGCCAACAUGUCAGGUGGGUAGUAUUGAGUAAUAUGCAACACUAGAUUAUCUUCUUUUUGUAAUUCUUCAUUUGGCCCCGUUAACAGGACUAGUUAGCCAACUGGAUCGGUAGUUUUAUUGCCAAGUAGUACAAACAUUUUCCUCCGCCCUCACUCCUUUGUGUGUUGUUAUUUGCUAUUGCAGACCAGUUAUUUUGUAUUUGUAGUAAUCAAUAUCUUUUCGUUUAUAGUACAUCUGUAGAAACACGAGUGUGUUGGCAGCUGAUUUGAUGUUUUGUCUGACCUGCUGCAACAUUAACUAUAAAGUUAUUAAAGGUGAUGUCUGUAGUUAGAAUCCCCUGUGCUCAUGCAGUCAUGAAGAGUCUCUUGUCCGAUCAAAAUGCUUCGUUUGGACUGAUGUUUAUCCCUCCACGUUUCUCUGUAGGGGAGCUGAAGAAUCCAAGUAUUGCCAUCCCUAAAGGGACCGUCUCUGCCGUCUUUUAUACCUUCUUAGUCUACGUCCUCCUGCUCCUCAUGGUCAGCGCCACCUGUAGCAGGUAGGAAGAUGUUUAUUUGAGUGAUGUUUGACACGACUAUAGAAAGGCAAAUCAGCCAUAAGUCCGUUUUUCUAUUUUCUCCAGGACGCUGUUGAUUCAGGAUUAUGGGUUCCUGCAGAAAAUAAACCUCUGGCCACCGUUUGUCACCGUCGGGAUAUACUGUGCUUCUUUAUCAGCUGCAAUGUGCUCUUUGAUUGGAGCGUCACGCAUCCUCCAUGCUCUUGCUGUGGAUCAUCUCUUUGGUAAAGCCAGAAUUUUCGACCCAGUCAUUUGCGGUUUCUUUCUAAAGAGAGGUUUUUCCCUAAAAGGUGUUUCUUUUCCCACACAGGUAUGCCAUUAGCCCCAGCAACCAUCACCUCAAACUCAGGGAAUCCAUGGGUGGCAGUACUGUACACCUGGGGUCUAGCACAGGUAAGCAGAUUUUCUGCAGACCACUAUAAUGUACAAUCCCAAGCAGUGUCCUGAGGUUUAGUUUGUGCUGCUUUUGUGUUUUAGUGUGUAGUGUUUGCUGGAGAGCUCAACUCUGUAGCCGCUAUGGUGACGGUUUUUUACUUGCUCGCCUAUGCUGCAGUUGACCUGGCCUGUUUGGCUCUGGAGUGGGCAUCUGCACCAAAUUUCAGGUAAAACAAAGGGAUCAUUUACUUCUUAAAGAGAAAUCAAUAAACCUUUAAUGCAUUAUGUCUGCAAUGCAUAAUGCCAGCAUUAUGUAUUAAAAGUCUGUAAACUGAUCAGACAGUGGAAGUCAGAUUUUCAGAAUGAGAUUGUGAAGAAAUGUUGUGGUAAAAAAAUCCCAAGAAUUGCCUGCUAUUUACUUAUGUUUCAACUGUUAAGUGAAGUCAUGCAAUAAGGCUUAGGAUGUAAGAAGAAAACCCAGAACUGCUUAGUAAAUCUGGAGAGGCUUAAAAACUGGGGUAGUUCAAGGUAUUCCCUUUCAGCGAGUACAGGCUGAAAAUAUGGAAUUUGAUAGAAAAAUGUAAUAUUUGUUUUUUUCUUAUUUUCGUCCCUUUGUGUCGCUCAGACCAACCUUUCAGCUCUUCUCCUGGCACACCUGUCUGCUGGGAAUCCUGAGCUGUUUGGUGAUGAUGUUCGUCAUCAAUCCUGUAUAUUCUUCGGGCAGCAUUGUCCUCCUGCUGCUGCUGCUCCUUUUCCUCCACUACAGAUCACCCACCAGCAGCUGGGGAUACAUCAGCCAGGCUCUGAUUUUCCACCAGGUACUACUGUCUCCGGUGAACAAAUACACAGAAAAUCAAACACAGGCCACAGUAUGUCUGUAUCAUGUCUUCUUUUUUUGUUUAGGUGCGUAAGUACCUUUUGAUGUUGGAUGUGAGGAAAGACCAUGUGAAGUUCUGGAGGCCGCAGGUGCUAUUGAUGGUGGCCAACCCUCGCUCUUCCUGCCAGCUCAUCCUGUUUGUCAACCAGCUGAAAAAGGGAGGACUGUUCGUGUUGGGCCAUGUGCAGCUGGGAGAUCUGGGUAAUUCUCUGUAAUGGACAUCUGCAGCUAACAGUAUUAGAUGAUGCUUAUCUUUCAGCCAUUUCCCCCGUGGUUUCACCUCUCCACCUGGGCUUGUUUUAUCUUGAUAUGCAAGGGUGGUCUCAGAAAAAUGAAAGGGGGCUGAUCUUGAUUUACAAAUAAUACAGAAAAAUGUAGAAACUAAACUCAGGGGUCUGGAUUUUGAACAUGAGGUUCUGGUUUCUAUUUUAGAUGCAGAGUCCAUGAUUUCCCCAAAGAAAGCCAAGUUCUGGGUCUCCAGUUGAAAUGGGUUCAGGUCCAGAAAAAUCACUAAUUCUUUGAGAUUAUUUUAAAUAUGGUUUCCUCUUUGCAUGCUAUAUUUUAAACCUGCAGUUUUGGAUUUACUGUGCUCAUAGACAUUGUUUGUUUUAAGCCAAAACUGUGAUGUCCACUUUUUUACUUUCACUACGAUACGAUACAAUACCAAUAUUGUUGCCUUCAUUAUUGGCCAAUACUGAUAUUGAUUCGAUAUUGGCACAAACUUGUGUAUGACAAGUUUUGCACUCGGAUGCAACAUCCUUUUUGGACUUUAACAAAAAAUACUGCCACAAGGGAAACAUCAUCUAGAUAGAGGUGCUGGAGCGGAGUCUGGAACAGACGGCUUGUAUCGGUGCUGAUAUCUGAGAUUUUAAAUGCAGGCCAGUAUAAUCAGAUAUUUGUUUUUUGCUGAUAUCAGACAGAUAUCAAUAUCGUAUCGGAACACCCCUAAUAGACACCCUAUCUAUGCUAAUUGUUUUCAUACAACAGAUCCUUUUCUAGUUUGAGUUCUUCAUUUUGCCACUUUUGCAUGAACUCAUCUUUCAGGCAUAAAACUUAAGUGAAAAUUGCGCCAGUGUCAUUAAAAUACAGACCUUAAAUGACUUGCAAACAACCAAAGUUGUUUUUUUUGUCCCAACUUUCAUGUAAAUGGGGUUGUAACGUCCUUCCAAGUAAUCAAAUUUGACCCAAGAUUGUCACGAUUAACAAACCUGCACCAUGAAGCGUGCUGAAAUAAAGAUAAUUGUUUUUUAUUAUUCGUACUGGAUUAUCGUUUUCUCACUGCUCGUGCCAAACAUUCAUAAAUAAACAAUUAGGCCUAUUUCACAAAGCUGCCAAACCAUAUUUCUCAACAAGAGAUUGAUUUAAUCCUUUCAUGUUCCCAAGAAAACCAUUUAAAUUGAAAGAAACCUUUUUAUGCUGACUUCACUGUUUUUUUUUUCACAUACCAUCUUGGGUUCGAGUAGAAAGAUUUUCCUCUUGACGUCCAGGAAAUACUGACUGAUCUUGACUAACAAGUUUGUACUAAAACCAAAUUAUAAUGUACAAAUCAACAAAUGCUAUUUGAACCUGUGCAAAUGCUAAUCGUAAUAUACAAGUGUCUUUGGUGUCUGUGUUUGGUAACUUCAGACUGGACUGUAGUUCUUACAUCUCAAGGUGAACCUGAGAACAGUUUAAUAAAAUGACCAGUGUUUUUUUGGCAUCUGCUCUGCCUGCAUGUGUGCACACUCUCAGUCUCCCUUACUUUAACUCUUUAGGCACAGAGAAACACAGUAGACUGUGUCCAAACAUUAAUGAAACAACAGAGAAAGAAAGCCCAGGUCUGUCAUACAAGGUAAAAGUAAGAAAUGCUACAAAUAGCAGGAACCAAAAGAGACACAAACAGGUACAGUGGAGGUUAUUGUUUUAGUUAUGUUAUGUGCCUCUGUUGCCUUUAUCAAAGGAGAACAGGACAGUGGACAGAGCAGGAAGUGAGCAGAGAGCGCAGAGAGGGAUAUGCCGGAAAGAAGCCCCGGUAGAAUCGAACCUGAGCUGUCUAUCUGAGCCUUAACCUCUGUACAUGAGGUACUCGUAGAACACAAGGCCAGCAACAAAACUGCAUAUUUGACGUACUGUAAAUACCGUGACAGUUUUUCACACAAGCGUUUGGUAAAACACAAGCAUUGUCAUGAUGGAUAAGCUUGGAAUAAAAUAGUUAAUUUGAACUGAAGUUGUUUGGAAACAUGAAAUUGAUUCCUCUUUUGAAACCUAGGAUUAGACAUUGUGUUUCAGCAGUUUCAUGGUUUGUGAAAUAGGUCCACAACUAUGCAAUGCAUAUUUUCAGCCUGAAGCAGGUGUUCACGAAAAAACAGUGACCUCAUUGUAGUGUUUCUAAUACCUUUCUUCAGUAUGGUGCUUAAGGAAAGGAGAGUUCAGAUGAGGUGAAUGAAGCAUUAAACUGAAUUUUCACUCUCAUUUGACUUGUUUAUGAACUAAAGUAACAUUAAACUACACAGGGAUUAAAUGAAUAAUCGCACCUUUAGAAAGCAGACUGUUUGUAGGUAUACCAUUCAUUUAUUAUUUAUUAUUUUAACUAUCAAUCUUUCUUUUGUUUCCUCUAAUAAAGUAAGACUCUCUUCUAGAAAUGUGCAGCCUACUUGGUAGAAAGGGGGAAGUUGCACAAAAAGACUUUAUAUCUUUUGUAUUUUGGCACUUGUUCAAUCCCGUAAUCUGCCUGCAUGGGUUUUAAUUUCGUAAUUUCUAAAUGUGUAGUUUAACAACAUGGUGGUAUCAAGUUCUAGUUAUUGUAAUUAAGUUACCAAGGCAAGACCAGUAGUGAAUAUUUAAUCAGGUUGCUCACCAUUGAUGUUAUUAACUAGUUGUGGUUGGACUCUCUGAAAUCGGGUCCCUUCAUGGACGGCUGCCCUCUUGACUUUCACUUUCCGUCUGCUGCCUCUCCUUCAUUAUUCAUAUGUGUGAAGCCGCAGACCUGCAGGUUCAAACCAGACAGAUGUCUUGCCUCUCCUUUUUUUACUUCUGAUCACUGAGAAAAUAUACAUACAUAUGGUGAGGCCUAAGGCGCAGAACAUGCUGACAUAAUCUUUCCCUCUUUUAUUCUUUUCCUUCUGCCUCCUGGUGUUCAUUUGGAGCAUUGCAGUGUUCACAAACCAAUGAUUCUCAUCAAGCUGCAACCUUAAGGGGGGGUUACACUCAACUUUCAUGUUCCUGUUUUUGCCAAGUUGAUAAAUCCAAAUUUAUAGCACUAUAGUAGUAAAUAUUAUGCUGUCAACAUAACUACAUAACUUUGUAAGCUGUAGUUUGGAAGUUCAGUUCAAAGUUCAAGUACAAGCAAACAAAGUAAAAUACUGCCAGAAACAGAGACAUGUUUUUCUGGUGAACAGAGGUUCUGAAACAAACCUCUGCAUUGAGUAAUUCUUUUUUUCAUAUCUUUGCAGUGCAUUAAUUUCUGUGUCUCCUGUCCUUUAGACACUAUGCCAACAGACCCGGUCCAGCAGCAGUACAACUUCUGGUUGAGUCUGGUUGAUAAACUCGAUGUGAAGGCCUUCGUUGACCUCUCAUUGUCCCCUUCAGUCCGGCAGGGGACUCAGCAUCUGCUGCGCAUCACAGGCCUAGGUGAGCUCUGCUGUCUCUUCUCAUUCAGCACAUGAUGUCAUGCUGCUUUCUCUGCACAUGGUGACCCUGCUUUUUUUAAAUUAUUAUUCAAGGUGGAAUGAAGCCCAACACCCUGAUUUUGGGUUUCUAUGACAGCUGCACUCCAGAUGACUACUUUCUGCAGGAUUCUGCGUUUUGUAGCUCCUCCCUGGGACAAGGGAGUGAGGGCGAGUAUAAUUUUGGGGUGGAUCUGCCGUCAUUGCAGGCGCACUUCCCCCCAGUCCGCCAUGUAGAAAGUCCACGUUCACUGUCACCUGAGGAGUAUGUAGGGAUCGUCGCUGACGCCUUGAAAAUGGGAAAGAACGCAUGCCUCGCCCGCUAUUUCUUCCAGUUGGAGGGCGAGGAUAAAGAAAGCAAGGUCGACGGCUCUGAGCGGACUAUAGAUGUGUGGCCUCUCAACCUGCUUCAGCCUGGCAGUCGUGAUUACGAGGAUGUGUGCAGCCUCUUUCUGCUGCAGAUGGCCUGCGUGCUUAACAUGUCCCACAAAUGGCGUCGUGCCAGAAUGAGAAUCUUCCUGAAUGUGGAGACCGAGUCCAACGACCAGGGCUGGGUGGUAAAUGAAGAGGCAUUCAGAGAGCUGCUGAAGAAGCUGAGGAUCAGGGCGUCUAUAAAGAUCGUGCCUUGGGACACUGUGGUGCAGCACCACAUUCAGCCAGCUGGAGAACCAAAACACACUCUGUCUGAGGACUUCCUGUCUGCAGUGAACUGCAUGCUGCUUGAGCACAGCGCACAAGCUGCUGUCUGCUUCCUGUAUUUGCCUCGACCUCCUGCUCACCACAGCCACUCGCAGCAGUAUUUGGCUCAGUUAGAAGCAGUCACCAAUAAUCUAGGGCCGACGCUGCUGAUUCAUGGUGUCACCCCGGUCACAUACACAGGACUGUGAGCAUGAGCAGUCACCACUUGUCAUGUUUUACCACUUGAUAACAAAUACACAGCUGCAUUUUAUCUAUCAAGUCAUGUUAGCACUGGUAUAAACUCUAGUUUCAUGUCAAAUUAACACAUAACUUAAUGAAAACUGGAGUGUGGGGGUCACUGUGUACUGUAUGUUUGUAUGUUUAUGUUUUACUGAAGCUCAGAGAAGACCACAGUUGAAUGCAGUUUUUAAAAACGCCAUUUGAGGAGGAUAUUUCCCUAUUUUCUUAUACUUGAAUUGGCAUGGUGGGUGAGCCAAGAAAUGGGACGAUGCUUUUGUUUGUUUGUCUGCCUGAUUUACGUUGAUAUAAUCGCAAAUACACAUGUAUCAAAGACUCUUAAGAGUGAAAACCACAGUUUAUUUUGAGCUUUACCGACAACUUAGGACAUGACAAAGAAUUGUCUAUUUAUGUAACUGCAGGGAUGAAAAGAUGAAUUUGUAGUGUGUAUGAUAACAGUUCACCACGGUGAAAACCUCAGUCCUGGUUCAGUUUCUCAAAGAUGUAGUGUUACAGCAAAAUCAUUGUUUCUAAAAGUUGUGUAUUUUUCCUGCUCGGUUUCCUAUUUUCACAUUUUUGCUGGUGUCAGGACCAACGAUACAAAAUACAAUUCGUUUCUGAGCUGAUUUUUAUUUUCAAUGCAAACGUUUUCUUCUUCUGUUAAAUGUAAAGCUCUGAAAGUGCUCAUAAAAGUAACAAUUUUGUUUGUUUGACCUCAUAUAAGGAACAGUGUUUUCUACUGUUGUAUGUGCUCACUUGAAAUCACUGAAUAUUUGUGCGCUAUGAUGCAGAGAGUCAAAAAUACACAAAAAGGAGUGUAUAAAUGUUUAUAUUAGUUCUUUUUUAGGACAUCUCAGUCAGGACGUGGACCAAUGAUGAUUCAGACCAAAUCAAGAGUGAACCCAGAGCUAGUGUAGUAUACUUUUACUGCCUUCUUGUCAUGAUGCGUUUUAGAGUAUGCACCAAUCACUUGGAUCUUUCAAUAAAACACAACUAGCUGCUGAAAAGGCCAUCUGCACUUUUUGGCAUGUUCCACCAGGAAUGAUAUUUAAUGGUCAAUAAGAAAGCCUUAUAUUUGUUAAUGAUGCUCUUUACUGUAGAUGUACAUAAUAAAUGGCUGUCAAAGGAGUAAA